AUGUCUCUCUGGGGCGGCCGCUUCUCGGAAAAGAAUGACCCGCUUAUGCACCAAUUCAACCAAUCCCUUGGCUUCGACCGCCGCAUGUGGAAGGCCGAUAUCCAAGGGUCGCAGGUAUACGCACAAGCCCUCCACCGCGCCGGCAUCCUCACCUCCGAAGAGCAAACGCAGCUGGUGAACGGCCUUGAGGCCGUGGGAAAGGAGUGGGCAGCGGGCACGUUUGCGAUACAGGAGGGAGAUGAGGACAUCCAUACUGCGAAUGAGCGUCGGUUGGGUGAGCUUGUCGGGCCCGUGGCUGGGAAGCUGCAUACGGGACGGAGUCGGAACGACCAGGUCGCGACGGAUAUGAGGAUAUGGUUGCGGGAUGAGGCGAAUGCGCUGUUAGGGUUGCUGAAAGCGUUGAUAGCGGUUGCAACGGAGCGGGCGGAGAAGGAAAUUGAUAUUCUGAUGCCGGGGUACACGCAUUUGCAGAGGGCACAACCGAUCCGAUGGAGUCAUUUCCUCCUCUCACACGCCUGGAGCUGGCACGCCGACGCCGAGCGACUAGAGCAGCUCAUACAUCGCAUGAACGCACUGCCACUAGGAAGCGGUGCACUCGCCGGCAACCCUUUCAACGUAGAUCGGGAAUGGAUGGCGCAACAGCUCGGUUUUCAUUCUGCGACCCCCAACAGCUUGUACGGCGUCAGCGAUCGUGAUUUCGUGGCGGAAUUCUUGUUCUGGGCUAGUCUCACGAUGGUGCACCUAAGUCGGUGGGCAGAGGACUUGAUUGUGUACUGCUCUGCUGAGUUUGGGUUUGUCGUGUUGGCGGAUGCGUACAGUACGGGAAGCAGUUUGAUGCCGCAAAAAAAGAAUCCCGACUCGUUAGAGCUCAUUCGCGGAAAAGCAGGACGGGUGUUUGGAGGGAUGACUGGCUUUAUGAUGACCGUGAAAGGCCUGCCCAGCACCUACAACAAAGAUCUACAGGAGGACAAGGAGCCUAUGUUUGCCACUCUCGACACGCUCAGCGCAUGUCUGCAGAUUGCGGCGGGUACUUUGAGCACAUUGAAGACAAAGCCCGAAAAGAUGAAGGCAAGCUUAAGCAUUGACAUGCUUGCCACGGACGUGGCAGAGUACCUCGUACGAAAAGGGGUACCCUUCCGCGAAACACACCACAUUGCCGGCCGAGCCGUCCGCCUCGCCGAAGACCGGGGCGUAGACAUGAGCGCUUUGGGCGUCGCCGACUUUAAGCAACUGCACCCCGCAUUUGCGGAAGACGUGACGGACAUCUGGGACUAUGAAGUCAGCGUGAACCGCCGGUCUGCUAAGGGUGGGACGAGUCGUGUUACGGUGUUGGAGCAGAUUGAGAGUUUGAAAGAGUGGUUGGGGAAACAGGGAUGAGAUUUGUGGAUGGUCGAAAUUUAUCUUUACGGCGUACUCUUGAGUGGACCUGUGAAUAGAUAUAUCGUAUGUGUUGCGGCGUAUGAGAUAAAAUUGAGGCAUUUGGCCCAGGUGGUAAGGACCUUAUUCAAUUACGUACAAACAGCAUUUGGCCCAGGCGGUAAGGACCUUAUUCAAUUCCCUACGAGAUCUCUAUGUCUAUGUAUGAUACAUGUGAGUAAACAGACUUGGAGUCACAUUUGCAGAACUACCAUCCGACAACAAAAAUGAUCCCUUUC